AUGGGGAAUCUCGUGCUAGAUCCGCAGAUUCGCGAGUGGGUGCUGGUGCCGCUGACGGUGGUGAUGAUUCUCAUCGGCGUGCUGCGACACUUCGUCGCGAAGCUCAUGCGAUCUGAUACGAAGGUCGACGUGAAGGCGAUUAAGGAAGGGCAGCUCGUGAUUCGCGCGCGCAACCUGAGGGGAGCGGGCGGCUUCAUCCCCUCGCGCAGCUUCGCACAGCGGCGCCACCUGUUCUGCAACGAGGAGAACGGGCUGCUGCAUGUGCCCAAGGGGCAGGGCGGCAACCCCCAGGCGGCCAUGUUCUCAGAUCCCAACGUGGCCAUGGAUAUGAUGAAGAAGAAUCUGUCCAUGAUCAUCCCCCAGUCUCUCACGUUCGCGUGGGUCAACUUCUUCUUUUCCGGAUUCGUGGCGGCCAAGGUGCCCUUCCCCUUGACUCAGAAGUUUCGGGGCAUGCUGCAGAAUGGCAUAGAUCUGAGCACAGUGGACGUCAGCUUUGUCAGCAGCCGCUCGUGGUACUUCCUUAAUCUGUUUGGCCUUCGGGGACUCUUCACACUCAUUCUUGGGGAGGACAAUGCCACGGACGACACGCAGCGAAUGAUGGCCAUGCAGAUGGGAGGGGUGGGCGCCGACCCUACCAAGGUGCUUUCAGCAGAGAAGGAAGCUCUGGAGCUAACACAACCAAUGGACAUGCUUCGUUUGUCGGAGCAGAGAGCUAUUGAGGUUCUCAGAAAGAGAAUGCAGCGCCUUGUACUGUAA